AUGGAAAGACGAAAUAAGCUGCAGCAAAAUCACAUUUUCCAAAUCUCUAACCAGCUUCUUCUAAGCUCUCCAAUUCCACAACACGUCCUUAAUACACCGCAAACAUUUAGAGGUUCCAUACUUGACCAAACACAUUCGAAUUUUAAUUUAAAUUCUCCUCAGACCUUCUUGAAUGAUACUCGCAUCGUUCAAAGUCAAUCAACAAGCCAAGAUCUAAGAGGCGAAGAGACAUCCAACAUUCAGUCUAUUACGCAUCGAAACUCUGCUUUCUCGCGACCAGUAUUUGGCAGCACCACUGGCCACGUACAAAGAAGUUUUGCCAAUAUUGUGCCACAAAUUUUACGACCGGUUGCCUUGCCUGCAUAUGAUUCUCCAACGUCUUUGUUUCCGCAGUUAACCACAAAUACCAAUUCUGAUAUCAGCGUGGAAAAUACUCAGCUAGCUACAUCAUCAGUCAACUAUAAUUACGAGAAUAAAUCGAGAAAUCUUUCGUACCCAACAACCCUUGCAAAUUUAGAAUACACUCCAACUCGAACAUUUUGCAAUAUGACUCCAUCCCUUAAUACACCUCAAUUUGAAGGUCCAUCAGAAUCUCUAAAAUAUGAACCUGUUUCGAAUACAAAUAGCAACAAUAAUCAUGAUAACAAGAUACCCGAAUUCGAAGAUUCAGAAGGAUCCUUGACAUUAGAUGAUGAAUUAUUAUUAUUGUCAGAAAAUGAAGAUUCUUCGACAAGGUUGCAAAUAUUAUCUAAAGAUGUUCAAACUAUUCCAAACACCAAUUCUCCAUCUAUGAUCUCUCAUGCGAAAGAAAUACCAGAAACUAUAUCGAAUAUUAAUACUCAGUCUACUACUAAUUUACAAUCAACCACUUUAUCGGAGGAAAGAUCGAAUAAUUUACAAUCAACUGCUUUAUCGGAGGAAAGAUCGAAUAAUUUACAAUCAACCACUUUAUCGGAGGAAAGAUCAAAUAAUUUACAAUCAACUGCUUUAUCGGAGGAAAGGUCAAAUAGUAGUGAUAUACAAAAUGAAUCGAUUGAACCAAUUAUUCUAGUAAAACUUGAGUCAAUCACUCCUAUAACAAUUGAGGAAAAAUCACCUCUUGUUAAGGUUGAAGCAAGUAGCCCUCGUAUAAAAAUUGAACCUUUAGAGUCUCAUACAGUUUUUGGAUCAAGUUCCCCCCUUAUAAAGAUUGAACCAAGUACUCCUGAUAAUCAAGAAGAAUUACCUGAUAAUCAAGAAGAAUUACUUGAUAAUCAAGAAGAAUUACUUGAUAAUCAAGAAGAAUUACCUGAUAAUCAAGAAUUACCUGAUAAUCAAGAAUUACCUGAUAAUCAAGAGGAAUUACCUGAUAAUCAAGAGGAUGAUUCUUGGUUUGUAGUAAAUGGUAUUCGUACGACCGCAUCAGGAGAUCAGAUUCGUUGGCAUAGCUCACCGAUACAAGACAGAAUAACACCAAAUGAAAUUCUAACUAUAUCAGGCGCGAUCUAUUAUCUGGAUGGAGAUCUAAAUGUGGAAGCCAUGAAAGAGGAUGGAUAUUCGGAAGAUUUUUGCGAGAAAUUACUUCAUGGUUUUCCAAACAAUUGGAAGGAAUUGUUGGUUGGCGCGCUCCCAGCUGAAAAAAUUAAUGAAAAUACAGCAACUGAAGAGAUGGAGGUUGAUGAAGUUGUUGGUGAGGAAGUUGGUGAAAGCGAUGAUGGAGACGAAGUUUCAGCUCAAAAUGAACUGAAACGAAAACGCGAAGAUGAUGUAGAAGAGUCAGAACAAGCUGAAGAUGGAAGUGGGGCAUCCGCCGCAUCCACUUCGACGCCUGUUACAACCCAGGCGGUUACCCCUCCUGCCACUAGUUCAGGCGAAACUUGCCUGACUAGAUCCGGCAGGAAGGUAAAACCUCCUGGUGCGUGGUGGGCAGUCAACGGGCGCGACGUGAUUGCCCACGAGCCAAAAAAGAAGGUGGCUCGUAAAACACCUCGAAAAAAGGAAGCAGGUUAA